AAUAAAGGUUGUUUUUGUUGAUUUAUAAUAAAAAAAGUUGGUUGUUUGUUUAAAAAUGUGUGGUUUCACUUUUGAUAAGCGUUAAUCUAUAAAAAAUAAAGCGCUUUGCAUGUUGAUAAAAAUUCUAAUAAUCGCUUUGUUAAUAAUAAUAAACGUCAUGUAUGAAGAGAAAUCAAAGUAAUUUUUGAUUAAAAAAAAAGCUUUCUCUUUUGUGGGGAUUCUCUUUAAAUAUAAUCAUUAUUUUAUAAAGAUUUUCAGUGAUUCUUCACGGUCAAUAAACAUCUCUAAGUUAUUAAAAAAAUUUAAAUUUGAAUCUGGGAGAUCAACGGUUCAAAAAUAAUUAAUGUAGGCGUAUCAUUUCGAUUUAAAUUGCUGCAAUUUAAACCAACUUAGCAAAUUAAACUGUGAAGACUGAGUUAAUAAAAUCGAAGAAUCUGUUUUACAUAAUCAUUUUACAUCAUCAUGUUUAAUCCAUGCAUAACAAAUUCUCUAUAUUAACUUCUUAACUUACGUAAAUCACUUCUAAUAGGAAAUUUAUUGCAUUUAGAGGCGAAUAAACCAAGAGAAUACAGUGAUCAAAAAAUAUGUCAAGUGAGAAAGAUGAUGAGAUAAAUUUGGUGAAAAUGUGCGGAUAUUUAGAGAAAAAGGGGAAUAAGAUGAAGAUGAUGUCUUCCUGGAAACUAAAAUGGUUCGUUUUAAAAGGACGCUUAUUGCUGUAUUAUCGCUCCAAAGACGAAUACGAAGCUUGUAAAGGCCCGUGUAAAGGCUCGAUUAAUUUAGGCCCAAAUUGUAUUGUUAAACCUUUAUUAGGAACAUCGUGCGUUUUCCAAAUAGAAACUAGAGCAAAAACAAUUAUUUUAAGAGCGAAAAAUCGUUUAGAGCAAGAAAAAUGGUUACAAUCGAUUUUAUCCGUGUUAAAUCAAAAUCAAGCAGCAUCAAAUAUUGUCGGAACACAACAUUUUCGCUAUUAUUCGGACGAAUUGGUUCCGAAGCAACAACAACCAAAAGAAACGGGGGUGAAUCGAGUUUUAACUCGCCAAAAUACGAUGCCCGAACGCUUUAAAUUGAAGAAGCGGCAAACUUUUUGUGGUAGUUUAGAAAACGUUUUAUCAAAAACCUGCGAGGAAUUAGAAAAAAGUUUAAAUAAGAAAUGUUUGAGUACUCAAAAUAUCGAGGAUACCACAAUUAGAAAAGAAAGUGAAGAAGUUAUAAAUGAUUUAUAUUCCACUAAUGAAGUUGACCAAAAAAGUGGAGAAAAUAAUUUGAAUAUUUAUUAUAGAAUUUCAACGGACUCAAAUCAACCAAAAGAAGGUGUUUCGCAAGAAAAUUUAAAUAUUUAUACUAAAAUAAACGAUUAUGUUACGCAAAAUGAAAUGGAUAACAUUGAAAAAAAAAAUGAAGAGGAAUUGGUUGAAAACGAUCAAUAUUGUACUGCUGCGAUUAAAAUAAUUGAAACGAAAAGUAAUCAAUAUCACGAAUACAAUUUACCGGGUAGAGAUAACAUUUAUAGUGUUCCAAAUGUGGAUCAAAAUGAAAAUAAAAUUUCUAAAAUCGACGAUGUUAAUCCUUAUUCAAUAUGCGAUAUCUUCCCAAAACAAAAAUUACACGAAGAAUCGAUUUAUGACACUCCCAUUGAAGUUUUCGAUAAUAAAAAAGGAAAAAUCGAUGAAUUAAAAAGCGAAGAAGAAAAAAAACCUCAAUUACCAAAAAAAGUUAAUUUUUUAAAGAAAUUUUUUAAAUUAAAAGCGCGUAAAGAACAAGCCGAAGUUGGGAAAAGCUUAAAAAAUGAUAAUGAGAAACUUUAUGAAGGAGAUUUAGUUAAUAAAAAAGUUUUGGAGGAAUUACAAAAAUUAUUGGUUGCUAAAAAGGCGAGUUUACAGCAACAAAAUCAAAUUAAACCUGAUUUAGCAACUAAAAGGAUGUUGGAGGAACUCCAAAAUUUAUUAAUAAAUAAAAAGGAAGUAAAAUUUUCACCAAUUAAUCUCGAAAACCCACCAAUUCCACCGCAAAAACAACCCGAAACAAUUUAUCAAGAGAUUCCAGAUUCAAUUGGAAAUAUCGAUAAUCACACAUAUGCAAACACCGCUUUAAUUAAAAUCGAUAAAAUCCUCAGCGAUUUAGAUAAUAUGAAAAAAACCAGCAAUCCAUUUUCAACAGGAAAAGUAAAAUCAAUCAUUGCUAAAUUUAAUAAUCACGAAAUAAACGAAUCUAAAAACGAUACAUUUAAUGUAACAUUAAGGGAAAAAGCUUCAAAUACUUCAACAAUAUCAUCGAAAAAUUCAUCGGAUGAAUUAAAUUUAUUGCUUUCCGAGUUGGUGAAAGUAACCAACGCUCCGAUUUUAACACCCGGAGUUACAAUAAGUUUAAAUCCGCCCCCGAUUUGUUAUAACGAUGAAUUUGAAACAGAUUCAAGCUCAAUUACGAAACGGCGACACUCCGAACCGGAUUACGACGUUCCGAGGCCGCAUUCGAAUUUAAAUAUUGUUAAAAAUGAAGUUGAUAAAGAUGAUGUUUUCGUAGCGACGCGGUUUUUCGGUCCCGUUUUAUUAAAUUAUGAUGAUUUUUCGAACGCUUCGACGAGUAUUACGCCGGAUUCUUUGGAAAUAUCUGAGGCUAGUUCAUAUCAAUCGCAUUAUGGUAAAAUUUUGAAACAACCACCUUAUUUUUUACACAAACCAAACAGUAAUGAGCGAAAAUGUGAGGUUAAUGAUAAAGAGGAUCUUUUUGUGGAUUCUUUAGACGCCGAAGGAGCUACGUUUUUAUAAUAUAAAAUAAAUAAUUAUUUAUGUGUUUAUUUCUGAUUAUUUUUAGGUUAUUUUUCAAACUGUCAA